AUGCCCCAGCUCGUCCAGAUUGAGAGCGAGCAGACCGCUCUGAAGAGUGAUCUCGAGCGAAAGUAUGGCUCCGUCCAAAAGGCGCCCCCCGAGCAGCAGGCAAAGCACAAAUCACUGGCCUUGCAGUACACAGACCUUUACCAGCCGGAGUACCGCCAUGAAAUGCAUGCCCUCAUUAAGGCUCGCGCAAAACUUCCACUGGAUCCAUUGGCCCAACAAGCGCUCAAGGACAAGGUUACUGUGCCCUCGACGCCUCCAAGCAAGUCGACGACGUUCCACGAAGGUGAAGCGCGCCGCUCGUCGACUGGGUCGGCUUCAUCAUCUGGCACUGGUGUCACUUCCACCGUGUCGGCUUCACUUAACACGACGCCGCUCCCCAUCUCCAACGCCACGCCCGCCUCUGUAACCGCCGACGAGAACCCGUCUCCUGACACCGAGCCCGUGACCGACGCGUUGCCCUUCACGGUUGCUCCGCGUACCGGCCUUCACAAGCCACACGCGUUCAAGGCAAUCCUUGCGGAAGCCAGCUCGUCGGAAACCACCACCGCGCCAGCCCCUGCAUCUACAUCCACGACCACCGUCAGGCCCGCCGAUUGGCACACUACUCAGACCACAAGCGUGGUCGAGGACAUCCGCUAUAUCCGCGACAACCUGUUCAACCCCACAGCCGACAAGGCCAUGUUUUUCGCCACGAUCAUCAAACUCCCCUCUCGAGUCGCCUCCGCACAAGGAUGA